AUGUGGUGGCACUUCUUUUUGAAGUUCCUCCUUUUUCUGUAUUGCUCCACUGCCAUAUCAAGUUUUGAAAUUCAAAAUGGAGUCGUCGGAAAGCCAGAAGUCUUCUGUGGAAUCGACACGAUUCGGGUCAAAGUCAACACAGAACAUCCAUUCAAUGGUAGAAUAUACGUGGACGGAGAGUCUGAUAAACAGCAUUGUGUUCAACACUCAGCAGAUGCUCACUCCUCUCCACAGGAGUUCACAAUUCCAAUUGGAGCAUGUAAUAUGCGGCGUCAACGGACACUUCAUCCGCGAGGAAUCUCAUUUUCCUUCACAAUGAUCACCUCUUUUCAUCCGUUUUUUGUGACUGGAAUGGAUCGAGCAUUCAGUAUUCGUUGUUUUUUCCUGGAGUCGAUCAAAGGAUUGAAUACGGAAAUUGAUGUUGGAACUUUGGCUCCUCAACACGUAGAUCAAGAAUAUUCUCUCCCAGUAUGUGCAUACCAUUUGAAAGAUGGUAUCGAGGGACAUGUGCUGAGAUUUGCACAGGUUGGGCAGAAGGUUACACAUGUUUGGAGAUGUGAUCAAGAUGCCAGUCACGUCUACGGAAUAUUGAUUCACAGUUGUUACGCAGAUGAUGGCCACGGAAACAAGUUUGAAUUAGUGGAUGAUCGAGGAUGUUCAACAGAUCCAUUCCUUCUCCCACAAAUUGAAUAUGAAUCCGGAGCAAUUUCUGCGUAUACAAAUGCUCAUGUAUUCAAAUAUGCGGAUAAGGUUCAAUUAUAUUUCACCUGCACUGUCCAACUCUGCUAUAAACAUGACGGAGGCUGUGAGGGAAUCACUCCUCCUCAAUGUUCUGGCCAUUCUCAUGGAAUCCACCCCCCUCGAGUCGCUGGAGGAGUUCCGUCCGGACACAAAUUUGUGAAUCUUGGAAUCGACAAUCAUGCAGAUAAUCAUCACAGUGAAAACGAUUUGAGCGCAGAAGCCCAAUUCCACGAGCAUGAAUCAACGCCACGUGUCCCUGGAUACAUCAAACCUGACGCCUUUCAACCAAUCAUUUUGGGACCCCCACAUCCUACAGUAUUCCAUAAAAAUGGGCCAGGAGGACCACCUCCACACCACGUUCCACCGUUUAAGGGACCAAAAGAUAUUCAGAGAAUCAGUGAAGAGGAGGACACUCCGAACCCAUAUCGACGUGACAGUCCAUUGAAUGACACAACUGAAGAUGAUAUUGUGAUGCAGGUGGUUACCCUAAGGACUACUGUACCUACAGUAUCUCAUCUACCACCAGAUCUUGUCACUUUCAAACCAAUUGUGACAGGAACAACUGGAAAAAUGAAUACGAAUAAUGAAGAUGAGGAGGUGGAAGAGCUGAUAACUCCAAGAGUAUUUGGAGGAGGAAGUACACUUCCAACGUCUUCAUCAACGAAAGUGAGAAGGACAGCUGGGGAAAUGGAAACAGAUGUUUCAGUUGAUGUAAUUGUACUUCCAGUUGAGGAUAAGGAACGGAAAGACACGAACAGCCCUCCUCAAUCCCUCUCAUUCCAAUCUGCAUCCGAAGUCUGUCUAUCCAAAACAUCUACAGUAAUCUUCUCAACUGCCAUCUUACUUGCUCUAUUCUGUUGUGUCACAGUGACAUUCUUAGUAACUCGUCAACGAAAUCGUCAACUACUCCAUCAUGCAUCUAAACGACGGAUCGAUAACUUCUAG